ACAGGAGUCCCAAUAUAAGAUAAGCCAUGUUGCUUCUAAAUCAAGAUGGCGACCCUGAUCCACUGAAAACGUAAUACUUUGGGCAAGAGCUAACAUACUGCUACUUGCAUUUUUUUCUCCUAUUAUGCGACCAAACUAUAAUAAUAUUGCAAUCGCUGUGUCAGUGGUCUUCGUUAUAUGGGUAUUUUAUAAACUUUCAUCCUCAACGUUCAAACAAAAGUCAGAACUUGGUGUUGACACAAGUGCAUCGAGAUUGGGUGUUACUAAAUUAUCCCAAAGUAAAAACUAUCAGCUUGAAGCAGCCCAGACUACAAUCCGAGAACUUAAAAAGAAGUUAGCGAUGAUGGAAAUGCAGUCAGAAGAGAGGGAUCAGAUUGUAGCUCCAAUGAAAAAGUUCAGUAACCACAAGCUGGUUCAUUUGGAUCUGAAGGGAGCUCCCCCAAAGAUGUCAUACUUACUGCAUAUCUUGCCUGUAAUGAAGAAGUGGGGAGCCACUGGACUCUUGGUUGAGUAUGAAGACACCUUUCCUUACCAAGGAGACCUGGCAAUUCUCAAAUCCUCCCUAGCUUACAGUAAAGAAGAAAUUAAUCAAUUGAAAGAAAAGUGCAAAGAGCUUGGCCUAUUGAUUAUUCCUUUGGUACAGACGUUUGGCCACAUGGAGUUUGUGUUGAAGCAUCAGCAAUUUGCUCAUUUGAGGGAGACCAUAGAGUUCACAAACUCAGUUUGUCCUAUUAACAAAGAUUCUGUGCCUUUAAUUAAGAAGAUGAUAGACCAAGUUCUUGAGAUGCAUCCUGAUCUUAAGUGGUUUCAUGUGGGUGGAGAUGAGGUAUGGAAUUUAAAAACCUGUAAUCAGUGUCGGGCUGAUUCACGGAACAGGACACAGUUGUUUGUACAUCACAUGAGCCAAGUCUUACAGCAUGUCAAAAGCAAAGGGCUGAUACCCCUCAUGUGGGAUGACAUGAUGAGAGAGUGGGAUGUGAAAGACCUAAAAGCUCUAAGUGGUAUAGUUGAACCAAUGGUGUGGGCAUACAGCGACAGCAUUCGGGGUUACUUCCCUCCUGGUAUGUGGAAACGUUAUGCUGAGGCAUUUCCAAAGAUGUGGGCUGCCAGUGCUUUUAAAGGUGCAGCUCGUCCAGACAGCAACUAUGUCCCUGUUGGCUUCCACGUGGAUAACAACCUUGACUGGCUCAGGGUUAUAAGCAGUCUCCCAAAAGGCACACAGAUAGAAGGGAUAGUCCUUACAGGGUGGAGCAGGUUUGACCACUAUGGAAGCCUGUGUGAGUUACUGCCAGCCGGACUUCCCUCAUUGGCAUUCUGCUUAGCAGGGCUAAGUAAAGCAUCAAUUACAAAUGAGGUCAGAGAACCAAUCGAGAAGGAGCUGGGCCUGCCUGAGGGAUUUGAGUUCUACCCAAGAAAAUUCACUGAGAAGUACAAAGUACCGGGCGGUACAUUCCCAGGACACGAAAUCUUCUCACUGGCUAACAAACUCGAGAUUGCAAUGUACCGUUUGGCCGGUAUUCAUCAUUUUGAAGGAGCAUGGAUGUUACAGCGGCAGCAACAACAGAAGUUUCUUAGUUUUCACCACAUGGAUACAGCUGUGGAAUACUUGACCACGGCAAUAACGGUCUUGAAAGAGGUGAAGGAAAAUGUCAGGGAGCCCCUUCAUGAAAUCUAUAACGAGCAGGUCGUGAACGAGUGGAUCAAUGAUAAGAUUGACGAGAAACUCGCCUACGCUCAAGACAAGCUAAAAGCGAUGGAGAACAUGCGUCGAGUUGCGGCUGAGGCGAGUGCCAGCACAACAUAAAGUGUUUAUAGUCAUCCACAGGUACUCUUGCUUUCCGGAUAUGGAAGUACAUAAAAAUGGGCGGAGAUCUGAGAUAAUUAAAAAAGGACAGCCGUAGUUCGUAAGAUAAAGCGCUGUCAUGUUUUAUGUCAUACGUAGCUACCGUGAAAUAAAAGUAGGCAAAGACGGAUUUAGAUCGAUGCAGAAUUUGCCCUGUUAGAGCUUGCACUUACUUGAAAUUGUUCGAAUACGGUCAAAUCAUGUUUGUUGAAUGGAAAAAUCGAAUCCGUUUGAUUCGAUAUAAUCGAACAAAAGUUGAAUGGCUUGUUAAAACCGUUUGCCAGGAACCAAACUUGAUAUGUGUUAUGCCUAGUGAGUCAUCAUAUACCAGAAAACCUGCUGUUGGCCUUUUUUUUUUUCGGGCUGAUUAAGAGAACAACAACAUUAACAAAGAAAAGAACAACAUAUUAUCAUGAAUAAACAACAAAAGCAUUAGUAGCAAUAAAAAAAACUUCAACAAGUAAAAAUAAUAGCCAUCACCAUGUAACAACGAUGGCAAGAAAAACUACUAAAGAAAUAACAGCAACAAUAAAACAAAAAAACAAACUGGAAAACGGAUAGUAUUUGACGUUCCUCGAAAAAAAGAAAUUACCUACUUUUUGGUGUCUAGGGGGGAGCGCGCGUCCUGCGGACUCCCUGUGUACGCGCCUGGGCUUGUAAUUCAUUUAGCACAGAAAAGCCGUCUUCUGUUUUGUUAGACAAAAAAGUAAAGUGUUCUUUGCAAUGAU